AUGUCGCGCUUCAGCAUCCCCAUCGAUGCGCUCACGUCGAGAAUGAACUUUGGCGGCCGCUUCGACAGUCUGCGCUCCACGUCGGUGUCGUCGCGCUUCGCCAACCUGCGACCCGUCAGCGAGUUUUUCGAUGUCAAGCGCAUCUCGAAGCCUGCCAAUUUCGGCGAAGUGCAGAGCCGAGUCAACUACAACCUGGGCUACUUCUCGAGCAACUAUGCCGCCGUGUUCGUCAUGCUCAGCAUCUACAGCCUGCUCACCAACCUGAUGCUCCUUUUUGUCAUCUGCCUGGUGGUGGGAGGUAUGUAUGGAAUUGGCAAGCUCGAGGGCAAUGAUCUCGAGAUUGGCAGCUGGCGUGCGACGACGUCUCAAAUGUACACCACACUGUUUGUCAUUGCCGUUCCUCUGGGUCUUUGGGCGUCGCCCUUUACGACGGUUCUCUGGCUCAUCGGCGCCACUGGCGUGACUGUGGUUGGCCAUGCCGCAUUCAUGGACAAGCCCAUCGAGUCAGCUUUUUCCGAGGAGGCGGUCUAA